AUGCAUAUCACUCUCGCACGCUCUCUCGCCAUCUUAGGCGUUUUCACCUACUCUUCCACUGCAUUAGUAUUGCAGCAAACAUCCGCCGGUUUUCAAAAUGAUUUGGAACCUGAAGCAAAUCUUCACGCGCGCAAUUUAGGUCCCUUUGGUCAGCAAGGAUUCAACAUCGCUACAUAUCUCAACAGCAAUCCCACCCACACCGAGAGCGCAGUGACUUCUCAAAUUAUAGCACCAGUGCCUUCGAUUACUGCUGAUUCGAGCUGGAAGGAUAAAUUCCUCACUCCUACAACUACUAUAACUAUUCCCGCCUCUACAAUUUACUACACCGAAACAACCGUUACCAUUACCCCUCGUGGUAUCAAUACACUCGCAGCCAAUUCCGCCAUGUUACAAGUAACCCAAGCACCACCGCAAACAUUCCACACCAUUACAACCAGUAGGUCGUCCGCACUCGCUUCAUCGAUUUCUCGUCAUGAGAAAGAAAAACGUGGGUGGGAAGAAGAUAAAAAGGCUUGUGAGGCGCUGGUGCAGUCGGAGGUAUUGAAUUGUUUGGAGAGCAAGGGCUUGUUGGUGCCGUGGACGACGGUUACGGAGGUGCUGGGGGGGAAGACGAUGCUUUUGGUGGAGGUUAGUGUGGGGGCGGGGAGGGGAAGGAGGGAGGCGAGGAUUACGGGGAGGGUGUGA